AUCCUUUAUACAUUUUAUAUUUUUGUCAGUGUCGGUAGUCGGUAGUACGUGAAUACUGAAUACUAGAAUAGUGAUUUAAAUGGUAUUGAUUUGUUUAUAUUAUAUUACUAUAAAUAGUGUAUUGUUUUUUAGGUGUUUAAAAAUUAAAACUAUUCAAAGAAGACUCUAGAUGUUUUUUGCUUUACCAAUUCUGCACCUACCAAUAAUUAUCUAAUCAUUUUUACCAACGGUGUGAUAACCUAAACACGGACAACAACCUGUACACGGUUUUAUAUUAUUGCGUUACAAAUAAUAACUAAUAAAUACCUAAUUAAAUCAUUGGAAGUAUAAAAACACGUUUUAGUACUUAUGCAGAAAUGUCAUCAAAACCAACGGUGUUGUUAUUACGUAAUGAUUAUCCUCAAAAAGCUGUCGAUUUAUUACGUACAAGGUGUAAUGUAGAAAUGUGCAAAUCUAGUAAAAAGGAUGGAAGUAUCAUCGCAGAAGAUGUUCUCGAAUGUGUACAGGGCAAGUUUUCAAUUUUCUGUCAUAACAACAGAAUUCUGAUAAAUGAACAGGUCCUGAAAGCAGCGGGACCCAGUCUUAAGGUGAUCGGUACCAUGUCUGUGGGAUAUGAUCACGUUGACUUGACAUCAAUGAAAAAAUACGGUGUACGUUUGGGAAAUACGCCAGGCAUUCUGACGGAAUCGGUUGCGGAAAUUGCUGUAGGUCUCAUUAUAGCCACUACCAGAAGGUUUUUCGAAGCGAACCGUGAAUUGAAAACUGGUGGAUGGAAGGAAUGGAUUCCCGGGUGGGUGUGUGGUAGAAGCAUAAAAGGAUCGGUCGUGGGCAUCUUAGGUUGCGGCAGAAUCGGCACGUCGAUCGCUGAGAAAUUGGUCAAUUUCAAAGUGUCCCAACUUUUGUACACCAGUAGAAAUGAAAAACCGGACGUAAAAGCCCUUGGUGGACAGUUGGUCACGGUGGACGAAUUGAUGGAGCGUAGCGAUUUUGUCGUAGUCGCUGCGGCUUUGAACGAUGAGACAAAAUUCAUCGUGAACAGAGAACGGAUCGCCACUAUGAAGUCCAAUGCAAUACUUGUAAACAUUGGUCGCGGACAGCUGAUUGACCAAGACGCUUUGGUCGAAGCUCUCAAGGAGAAAAGAAUCCGAGGCGCUGGACUGGACGUGAUGACACCCGAACCACUGCCAUUGGAUCAUCCACUUAUGGGACUGGACAACGUUUUGCUCCUGCCACACAUUGGUACGUCCACUUUGGAGUUGGAGGAAGAGAUGGCUGUGAUGACCGCACAGAACAUAUUGGCUGUAUUGGACGGUUGUCCUAUGCCAAACGAAGUGGUUUUUUAACGUUUCGGUAAUCACUGCUGCAACUCCCCAGUCCCCACACAAUCAUAAUAAUUUUCAAUCAUUGCAUUUUAAAACUUAUAAUAAUAUGUUUAAUAAUAUAUGUUACUAUCUGUACAUUACCAAAAUACCGAUUUUAAAGCACUACUUAAACGUAAUGAUAUGGUUAAUUUUGUUGUGUAAUUAAUAACUAUACUAAACUACUUAUACUUGUGUGUGUGACGAAUAAGAAAAAAUGACUACAGAGUAGUAUAUCUGUAGUACCUACAGAUCACUAAUAUCUGUAUUUUUUUAUCUCGAGUAUGUAGAUUGAUUUUUUUUUUUUAAUUAUUAAUAAAAAUACCCCCGGCAGCAUGUCA